AUGACAAAGACCGCCUCAUCUGAUGAUGCAACGUACGUGACAUGGGCCCAGUGCUUUCAUCCCGAGAAUGCCACGGUAACCUUUGAAGGCAGUCCUUUGUGGACGGUCUACGAGGGUGCUCGAGAGGAUCUCCCAGUGGCCGAAGCCGUGCCCGUGACUGCAACAGAGCCAGCAAUCCAUGACCUGGGACGAGUAGAGGCUCAGGCACCGCCACCACCUCCCAGCGCACCACUGGAACCAACUGCUCCCACCUCUGCAGCGGUGGUACCUACCACUCCUCCUCCUCCUCCUCCUCCAGUAUUCACCGGAACAGGAACAGAGCCAUCCCCCAAUGUUUCGAAUCAAAGCAUGGGAUUGGACCUCAUUGUCGGAUGCAUUCUCUCCUGGACAACCAUUUUGAUUGUCGCCAGUUUGGAGUUGACAGGUUGGUUGAUCUACUUUUGCGCAGCCGGUUGUUGGAAGGUAACCAAAUGCAUGGAACCACCGAAUGUCUUUACGGGACUGAUUUACAGCAUCUUUGGCUUGGUGUAUUGGGUUUUGGCUCUGGUGGAUUCGAUUCUACUGCUGGUGUCCGUACUCGUAUCGGAGCUCAUGGCGGGCAUUUGCUUUUUGCUGAGUACCAUGAUUGGUGGUUGUGAACUAGCGGGCCGUUGGCAUCAGUACAUUCGCAAAACAUGUCACAAGGCACGCUGGGCCUUUCGAUCCAAGUUGAUUUGCAAGGACCCACCACGCAUCUUUUGUGGCAUAAGUGGUGGCAGUAAAAAGCAGGAUGAGCACGAGACAUCCUCGGAAGGCAAGGGAUCUGCGUUGGCACUGCCUCUUGGCGAUCCUCUUGAUGAGAAUGCCAUUGUGGUGUAUGACGAAACAAGACGCAACUAG